GAAAUAAUGAUUGAUGUGCAUGAUGCAACUACAGCCACCUCAUGCUGUAUCCUGGGCAUAUGUCCAGUUUGUAUUUAAUUCACCUUACCAUUCAUUGGGCAUAACACCAAAAGAGACCAAUGUACUGUAAAUUUCCUGCUGCUGAAACAAAGAGCAAAGCUCACCGCAUUAAACUGUAUAACACUACGCAGAGGUCUAUGCAUCCUCUCUCUCUCUAUCUCUCUCUCUCUCUCAGCCUCCCUUACUCUGUUGCUCUCCCUCUCUCAGUCAUCCUCUCCCGCCUUGGUGCUGAACCUGCGACGUUGCUUAGAGAGAAACAGAAAAAAAAAAAAAUCUUCAUUUCUGUUCCAGUCAGUGGACCCACCAUCUGAAGGGGAAAUAAGUAAAGUCAUGUUCCGAUAAAUCAUAUGCAGCGGAUGUAAAAGCGACGGCGGGGCGAGAACGCACCUGCCCUAACAGACUCCGACGCUGGUGCAACAGAACCUCACCGAGAUCACUGCAAGUUCCAUGCCUUUGAGUCACACGGACAAGUCUUCAAAGAGCAUGAAGACAAGUUGUUUUCCUUCAAAUAGUAGUUCAAGAAAUUAUGAUAUAACAUGGAUCUGCUGCUAAUCACCAUGAUGCUGAGACAGGCGUUGUAAAUCUUUCACUCCUUUUUCAGCACCCAACCCAGGCCCAUCUUGUUUUUUGGAAAUUUUUCCUGGUUUUCCUUUUACUACAAGCAAAUCCUCCUACAUCUUUGCCCUGAUUAUAGCCUUUGGAACUGUCUUUUCUUUGCAUUGACAUCAUGCAGCGUACUUUACCCAUCUCUGUUCUCCUCCCUCUUAUACUUUCUUCCCUUCUGUUUUUUUCCUGUCUUCCCGAAAUGGCCAAUGGCGACUGCUGGCUUAUUGAAGGGGACAAAGGCUAUGUUUGGCUAGCUAUAUGCAGUCAGAAUCAGCCUCCCUAUGAGACUAUCCCCCAGCACAUCAACAACACAGUCCAUGACUUGAGACUGAAUGAAAACAAACUGAAAGCUGUGCUUUUCAGUUCUAUGUACCGCUUCACGAACUUGACUGACCUAAAUCUAACGAAGAAUGAAAUCAGCUAUAUCGAGGAUGGCGCCUUUGCAGGACAAGCCAAUUUACAGGUCCUUCAACUAGGUUACAACAAGUUGACGAAUAUCACUGAAGGCAUGAUGAGAGGGCUUGGCCGCAUGCAGUGCCUCUUCUUACAGCACAACCUCAUUGAAGUUGUUGCAAGCAAUGCAUUCUGGGAGUGUCCCAGUCUCAGCAGCAUCGACCUGUCGUCCAACAAACUUGCCCGCAUCGACCCAUCCACAUUCACAGUUCCCAGUCGCCUGAUGGUAUGUGAACUGGCUGCAAAUCCGUUCCAUUGUGGUUGCGAUCUUCUUGGCUUCCUGUUCUGGUUAGAGUCCUUCAACAAUGUGUCACACACUUAUGACCGCCUCCAGUGUGAAACACCCAGGGAAAUGUUUGGCUACCCUUUACUGAGUCCUUUUGCUUCAAGCCACGCUGGUCGCAAUGCCAAAAACAUUUUGUACCAUCGCUGCAGAGAUGGCGUGAUGAUUCCAGGAAUGACGUCUCUACCACCCGAUCUUGAUGGUCCAUCUGGAAUUGGACCUGAGAUGUUUGGUGGUGUUGGGCCAUACUACCAGUCCACCCCUUCUUCUUCAUCUACAGAUGACAGCUUGAGCCCAAGCAUUAAGCUCCAUCAUGUUUCUUCGUCAUCAGCCUCUGUCAUUAUAAAGAUUCCAACACCAUACAGCAAAAUGUAUAUUCUUACACAAUACAAUAACACACUGGUGUCUGAUGUCACCAAUUUGAAAUUGACUAUACAAAAGAUAACACUCGACAAGCUCAGGCCUAACAACAACUACACCUUCUGCGUAGGGUCUAUUCGUAACUCUCAACGUUAUAACCACACCUGUCUCCAGUUUACUACUCGUGGCCAAAGUCCGGACAAUAUGCUCCCCACACCCUCAACCACUACUCACUACAUAAUGACCAUUGUAGGCUGCCUGUUUGGCAUGCUCAUUGUUAUAGGAAUUGUCUACUACUGUCUUCGUAAAAAACGUAUGCAUGAUGAGAAGAAAAAGUCAAUCUCUGUCAAAAAAACUAUACUGGAAAUGCGUUACGGGCCAGAGGUGGCGGCAGCAGUAGCAAAUGAUCCAUCAGCAGUGCAAAAGCUUCAGGAGCAGUCCAGGGAGCAUCACCAAUAUCAGCAUCACCAUAGUGGAAAACUGUCCACAUCCUCAAGCUCUGGACUGCUACACUCUGCAAAUACAACCUCCUCUAGACUUUCCUCUAUCCCACAAGUGGAAAAGAUGGCCUCUGCUUUCUCCGAAGCCAUGGCUACAAGUAAAGGACACUAUAUGGAUGUGAGAACUGGAGGGGCAGGGAUGGAAAGAGUGGGGGAUGGUGUUCAUGGCGGGAGAAGGGGCGACGACCUGAGGGAUGAUGACGGAACUGAUCUUGGCGAUGACUCAGACGAUGAUGGACAUGGCUCUGCCUCAGAGAUCUCCACUAUUGCCAUGGAGGUGGACAAAGUUAACCAGAUUAUUAACAACUGUAUUGAUGCCCUUAAACUUGAUGCAGCAGCAGUCGCUGCUUCAGGCACUUCGAUUAACCACACAGCUUCCUCCAAUCCCACCUCCCCACCACCACCCAGUUCAUCCUCCCUUGCUCGUGGUCUAAUCCCAGGAGGGCCCGAGACAUGUCAGGUCAUUGCUCCAAACAAAAUACCGCCUCCUCCACCCCUACCUGCAUUAAACACUCCUCUGUCAGAGCGACCAGGGAUAAGUGGUGGGGGCUUUGUUGUCACUCCCCCAUACAGGCACCCUCCCCCAGCUACAGCUACACGUCCUAUUCAACGGCAAAUGAGUGCAGAUGCAGCUGUUGUUAUGGCCAAUGCUGUCAAGAAACAGAGCAGUACCACAUCUUGUGGCUCCACAGGUCGAGACAGAGAACGAGGAGGUACUCGAGUGUAUAGUCUGGAUGUUCCUGAACCAAGAAGCCCAGAUGCCUGUAACCAACAACAGCCACAGUACCCAGACCGGGCCAGUCCAGUGGGAUGUGGGGAGCCGCUGGAGAGACUGUCCUUAAUAGGGAGUGGGAGCUGUGGGGGUGGUGGUGGUUGCGACAGUGGUGGUGUUGGUGCCCAACAUCAGGACAGCCAGAAGUCACAUCAUUACCAUCAGCAACAACAGAUACAGCAGCAGCAGCAGCAGCAGCAGCAGCUGGAAGUGCAGCAGGACUACCACUGCUCGGAGCACCGCCACUCUGUCCCAGCUCUCUACUACCAAGGGUCACACCAUGGCUCCCCAGCCCAGCGCGUUUCUUUUCUAAAACCUCUGACGCGAUCCCGCAGGGACGCAGCAUCCUAUUCCCAGCUUUCCCCUGCCCGCCAACACUCCAGUUACUCUGGAUACUCUUCUAGCCCAGAGUACUCAUCAGAGAGUUCAUUACGUAUCUGGGAGCGAUUUCGUCCAUACCGAAAAGGGCCUCGUGAUGAGGCCUGUUACGUGACAGCUGGAAAUGCUCUUCGAAAGAAGGUACAGUUUGCUAAGGGUGAGGACCUGCAUGACAUCCUUGAUUAUUGGAAGGGUGUCUCUGCUCAGCAGAAGUUGUAACUUCGGACGAAAAUUUAGCAGAGUAGGAAAUGGAGUUUUGGUACUUUUUAUCCUGAUAAGCUCAUGGGCCUGAGAAAGCAUUUGAAGUUUAUUAAUGGAAAAAUGUAGGACAAAUUUUACCUGUGGGCUUUACUUUUUCUUUUUUGGCAUGCUAGGUAUAUAGGAUAUUGUGCUACAAGCAAGUACUGUGAAACUGUGCCUGGGAAUUGGACAUUCAUUACAGUGUUUUUUUACACUUCAUUGUAGCAUUUUUUUCUUUCUUAUUUUAUGGUGUGCAUUUCAUUCUUAUACAGCGAACAAAUGCCAACUGUGUAAUUUAGUACUCUUUGAAGUGAUCAUGUUUUGUGAUCCUAUGGACUAUUUUUUAUCAGUGCCAUGUGUCAUCUCAAGCUUGAGGCUUGUUCGGUCCUAGAUGUUCCCUGUUGUCUAUUGGAUUUUACAUCCCUUUUAGCUUCUACGAGAUAGGUGAUUCAGACAGGGUGGGAUCAGGGCCCUGUUUAAAGCAGGUAAGAACAGUUGAUGUAAAUUUUGUACAAUGUACUAUCGUACCCUUUUCUCUUUUGCCAGCAGUUGUUACAAUGAAAGAAAGUGAUGAUUUGCACACAUAUGCUCACAUGACGUAAAAGCUGUCAGGUCAAAUUUAACUACUAGGUUGUAUAAAUUUGCUGACGGAUAAGGAGAAGAAGCAGUGAUUUUGUUUGAAGCAUCAAACAGGUUUUCAGUUAACAUUGUUACAUGGUUUAUUGAGUACAGUUAUCAAAAAACAAGCUCUCCAAAACAAUUAUUUAGUAGGUAUUUUGAUUUAUUAGAUAUGAUUCUUCAGUUGAUACUAGGGGGGUAACAAUAUAUCCAGCUCAUAAGGCGAUCCAGGAUGGUGAGUUCUAGAGAACAAGAGACAAACUUUUACUAAUAUUUUUAGUAAAACUAAGAUUUUGCAAAUCGCAUAAUGUGUUUUAAGGAAAAUGUAUUUGGUGCAGAGUAAAUCAGUCUAAGUUUGACUAGUCCAUUUUAUAAAUUUUGAUGUUUGUUUCAUUCCAAGAUAGGCCAUAUGUCAAGAAAGAACUGAAAACGCUUCCUUCUUGUGUUGUUACUAAUAGAAUAAAGGUUUCACUUAUUGUUUCACUGUGCAUUUCCACUUCACGUUUGAGAAGUCUAAGAAUUUUAGAUUUUGAACCAGAAAUGAUCAAAUUCAGGCCAGAGUCUCUAGAAAAAGGAAAAAUGUCCCUUUAGUUUCACACUAUUAGAACAUUUUGAACCACAUGACAACUUUAUCAUCUUCAGCAGCAUUAGCUAACUUUUCUACCAGGUACUCAAAAUGCUGCCAGGUAAAUGGUGGUGGAGGUUUCUCCAGUGUUUAUGUGGACAGAUAUUAUAAGCCAUUGCUUAUUUCUGCUCCUUUUCAUAUAUGGUAAAUGCUGUUGUUGCAUUUGAUUUUUGAAUGAAGGAAAUACAAAAAAAUAAAUGGAAAAAAAUGCAAUGGAAAUAUGUGACUGUGUUAGUCAGUCAGAAUGGCAGGAAGCAGACUUUGUAAAUAAAACAGGGUUACUCAAAAACUGCUUCUUUUCUUACUUCAAAACAAGACCCUUAAG